CAUGCAACCCAUGGACGAGCGUGUCACACUGGGAGUCAAAAGACCUCGGCCGCCAUUCGCUCUCCUCCGUUCCCCACCUACCCCACCGACCCCAGAUCACAGGCCACAUACUCUUGCCCAAAAUGCGAGUUCUUGCCCUCUUCACAGUCUUGCUGGCUUCCGUCUCGACGGCGGUCGCCUCAAAAGGCCCCAAGAUUACCCACAAAGUCGCCUUCGAUGUCACCCAGGGCGACGAGUCUUUGGGCCGAAUCACGAUCGGUCUUUACGGCAAGACUGUCCCCAAGACCGUCGAGAACUUCCGCGCGCUUUGCACUGGCGAGAAAGGCUUCGGUUACAAGGGUAGCAAGUUUCACCGGGUCAUCAAGAACUUCAUGAUCCAAGGUGGUGACUUCACCCGGGGUGACGGCACUGGUGGCAAGUCCAUCUACGGCGAGAAGUUCGCUGAUGAGAACUUCAAGCUUCGCCACACCGGACCUGGUGUUCUCUCCAUGGCAAACGCUGGAAAGGACACCAACGGCUCUCAGUUCUUCCUCACAACCGUCACUACAUCCUGGUUGGAUGGCCGUCACGUUGUUUUCGGAGCCGUUGUUGAUGGUAUGGACGUUGUGACCAAGAUUGAGAACACCCCGACCAGGCCAGGUGACAAGCCCAAAACCGACGUAGUCAUCAGUGAAUGUGUUGAGAUUCCGGUUGAAGCGGUUGAGGGGGAAAAGACCGACUUGUAGAUUGAUUCCAUCUGUUCUCUGAUGCACUGUGUAUGCGACAUUAAAUGAUGGACUAGCAGUGAAGGCAGCCUUAUUGCUUGCAGCCUUGGGGCCGCCGCUAUGCGGAGGAGGGUAUACCGUGGCGAUACUCAGGAUAAAAGGUUGGAGACGAAACCUAUUUCCGUAUUAGGCGAGACCACGAGGGUUAUGAUUGAUUUAUCACACACGUAAACUACCUAUCUGCUACUGCGUAUUCUGAAUAUUGACGGUGAGUUUUUGAACAGUCCC